AGUAAUUCAACAUUCAAGGUAUAAUAAUCUAUAAUUCCAAAAACAAGAUGCAAAGAAAGAUGCAAGGAUACCCACAGCAACAGCAAUGCUAUGGUAGUGAUGAUGGCAUGUGGAUGGAAAGUAAGGGACAAAUGCAGCCACAGGUCCAUCACUACCAGGACGAUUCUUGGUCUAAUGAUAACAACAACCAGAAGCAACUAUUUCCUGCAGCUAUGCACAUGAAACCGGCCGCUAAUUUUGGAGGAAACAACCACCAUAUGUAUCCUCAUCAGGAAACCAUGCCUGCUGCUGCAGUUGGUUAUGGUAAUCAAAUGCAUGGAAAUGGUGGCAAACAAUUCCCUUAUGGUGGUACUCAUAAUCAUUCUCCAAAUGGUGUGAGGCCAUUCAAUCUUGAAGAGUAUGAGUAUGAAGCAUACAAGGAGGAGCAUGUUGGUGGUUCAAAGAAGGAUGAAAUGAGAUAUGAGCGACAUGGAUAUGGAAAUGGAGGUGAUGUUCGCUAUGUCAAUUCAUAUGAAUAUAAUAACAACUUCAACGCCCGUAUUAAGCCUCAUGCUCAUGGACCCCACAAAGUCAACUGGACACUAAAGGGUGUCUAACUAAUUAAAUUACUGUUACUGUUACUUCCUCUGGAUCCAUCCAGUUUCGAGUACUAAUAACUUGUGUGUGCUUUAUUUCCUGUUUUCUUAUUCGAAUAAGAUCAUUACCCUGAUUAUAUAGGGAGCUUGAUAUGUAUCAUCAAUCUAAGCUAUAAUAAAAUAUAUAUAAUUAUCAUUA